AUGCCCGCCGAGACCGCCUGGCAGCGCCGCGUGCGCCGUGUGCUCGUCCUGACCGGAACAGCGACGACGGCGUACCUCUUCUUCGGAUAUCUCUUUGGUCGUAUGCGCGAUGCGCGCGUGCGCGCACUCAAAGAGCGCAGGGAGAAGGAAGUGAUCAAGGCCCACUUCACAUCCGUUCUCUCGACCAUUUCAUUCACACUUUACGCCCUCCUCCCUACUCUUGAACCCCAGCUCUUUGCCGCCUACCCCGUCGAAGCCACCAGCCAGGCGCUGCAGGCCAAGACCGGCGCAGCGGGCAACAGUGUCGGCAGCCCCACCGACACAGGCACCACCGACCCCACGCCCGGCAGCACGCCCGCCGACAGCCUCUUGCUUCUCGACAGCUCUGUCCCUCUGGCGACCGCGACUAUUGAGGACAUUGACUCGUCGAUCAUCUCCAACGUCUCGCACGUUACCGCGGCCACGUCCCUUUCCGUUCCGACGAUUGCCGAGAGCGUGACCGACUCGGACGCGGGCAACACGUCGGCGUCGGAGAGCUCGGGCGAGGCCGAGGGCGCCAACCCCGCCGAGAGCUGGGCUAGCGAGUUUGGCCGUGCGAGCGAGCGCACCGACGACGAUGUGCUCACGGCGUCGACCAUGUCGCAGGCCAUUUCGCUUCCUCCCACCGACACGUCUUCUGUUGUCCCGUCGCCGACCUCGGAGCUCUCUGCGCUCCAGGAGUCGCCUCCCCGUCCCACCACUCUGCCCCCGUCGUCUCCCCAGCGUGUUGUCGACCCCCGGUCAAAGAAGGUGCUCUGGCGCGACCUCAAGGUUCAGAGCCUUACCCGUGCCCUCUCCACUGCCUACCUCGUUCCUCUCGUCUACCUCCUCACCUCGUCCCAGCUCACCAUCCUGGCGCGCAUGCGCUACCUCGCCGACGUCAAGGCCAGCAACGCCCAGCGUGACCGUGAGCGUGUGGAGCGCGAGCGCUCGCGUGGCCUCUUUGGCUACUUUUCGGUCGAGGCCAUGGGCCUGGGCGAGUACGUCGAGCGCGGCGCCGCUGCCGGUGCCAGCCUCAUCCCUGCGUCUGUGAGCGAGUGGUUCUUCGGUUCGGAUCCCUACACUUCAUCGUCAGGCUACGAGUCGCCCGACGUCAUUGCCACGCGCGAGGCCGAGCUCGAGCUGCAAAACUCCGAGGCGGAGCGUCUGUUCCUCACGUACUCGUGGUGGCUCCUGCACGAGGGAUGGAGGACCAUCUCGGGCCGGGUCGAGCAUGCCGUGGACCGCGUGUUCGGCCCCCUUGGCCUCAAGCGCGAGGUGACCCCCGAGCUGUGGGACGCGCUCGUCAAGGAAGUGCGCGCGUGCGUCGAGACAGAAGUGGACGAGGACGAGUCCCUCCCGCACGGCCACUCGUCACACGCAAAGGCCAAGCUGUACGACUUUACGCCGCUCGUCAUCCCCGUUGCGCCCUUGCCGCCGACGUUUGACGACUGCCCGCUCCCGCUCUCGCCCGACGAGCACGGCGCUUACCUCGUCCGCCUCCUGUCCGAGACAAAGGAACACCUCGCGUCGCCCGACGCCCGCCUGCUCAUUGACAAGGGCGUCUCGGCCAUGCUCGCGUCCCUCGGCGACGCACUGGCCAUCGAGCCCGGCACCACCGGCCGGCGGUUCGCCGACACCCUCCCGCAGCUCAACACGUGGAGCAAAGGUGUGUGGGAGGGCAUCCCCGACAGCGGGGUGGAGACGCUCCUGGCCCUGCCAGAGUUUGAGGCGUUUGCGGCGCUCGUGUUUGGUGAUUGGGCGCCGAGGUGA